GUCAGCAAGGCCAAAAAUGUCAAACUGUUAAAACACAAGCCUAUUACAAUAUGUUAUAUGUAUAUGACGAGUUAUGAUCACUUUCUGUAAGAAAACCCACCUAGCCAGGACCUCCUUCACUCUUUCUCAAUUCUCUUUCAAGCAUACUCUGCCAAUGGCUCGUUCUGCGCUAGAUGAAGUUUCAGAUUCUGGGUCGUUUGUUAGAACUGCUUCAACAUUUCGUAACUCUAUUUCAAGAGACCCCAGUUCCCAGUUUCCUGCUGAAUCCGGGAGGUAUCAUUUGUAUAUUUCAUAUGCUUGUCCUUGGGCCUGUAGGUGCCUUUCAUUCUUGAAGAUUAAAGGACUUGAGAAAGCUAUUUCUUUCACGUCGGUUAAACCGAUAUGGGAGAAAACAAAGGAAGGUGAUGAACAUAGAGGAUGGGUUUUUCCGGCUACGAAUUCGGAGGAACCAGGAGCUGAACUUGACCCUUUGAAUGGAGCCAAAAGUAUAAGAGAUCUGUAUGAGCUUGCAAGUACAAACUACUCCGGGAAGUUUACAGUUCCUGUUCUAUGGGAUAAGAAGCUGAAGACGAUUGUGAAUAAUGAGAGUUCGGAGAUAAUUCGCAUGUUUAAUACUGAAUUCAAUGAUAUAGCGGAAAACGCUGCUCUGGAUUUUUAUCCUGCUGACCUGCGACAUCAAAUUGAUGAGACUAACGAAUGGAUAUAUAAUAGGAUAAACAAUGGUGUUUACAAAUGUGGGUUUGCAACAAAGCAGGAGCCCUAUGACGAAGCUGUGAAACAAUUGUAUGAUGCCCUGGACAAAUGUGAAGCAAUACUUGGCAAGCAGCGGUUCAUAUGUGGAAAUAGGCUGACAGAAGCAGAUAUUCGGUUAUUUGUCACCCUUAUAAGAUUUGAUGAGGUUUAUGUAGUUCACUUCAAGUGCAACAAGAAAGUGUUACGAGAGUAUCCAAAUUUGUUCAAUUACACAAAAGACAUAUAUCAGAUCCCAGGCAUGUCAAGCACAGUCAAUAUGCAACACAUCAAACGACAUUACUAUGGAAGCCAUCCUACGAUCAAUCCUUUUGGGAUCAUUCCUCGUGGCCCAGAUAUUGAUUAUGCACGUCCUCAUGACAGAGAGAAAUUUUCUGCAUAAUUUCUAUACACUAAGAAUCCAGAAUGUGUUAUAUUGCAUCAACGAGGAAUAUUUCAUGUGUCUUGAAAAAGUUGAGGUGUGUACAUUCUGUUGGUGAUGUCGUCAUAUUGUGUACUUAUAAGUUGGUUUGUGCAAGACAGAAAUA